CAUUACUCCUUGUUGCUGCAUUGCACCCCUACAGAAAAGAACAAAAAGAAAGAAAAAUAAUUAUGUGUUCGUCUAAGGCUAAGGUGACCACAGGUGGUACUACUACUACAACAACUCCUCUUGAGAGGACGCCUUCUGUGGCUAGGAUUAAUGGUCGUCCGGUUCUUCAGCCUACUUGUAACCGUGUUCCUAGCCUCGACCGUCGUAAUUCGUUGAAGAAAAUACCGCCCAUUUCUCCUCCACAGACUCAACCGUUAACGUCGACAUCGCCGCCUACCACUAGUGUUGCCAAUGGUAGCAGGGCUAAGGCGUCGUUGACGCCGCCUUUAUCCCCGAGCUCGAAGUUCCCUACCCCGGUUAAGCGAGGGAGUGAUCCGAAUGGAUUGAACAUGAGUACCGAAAAGGUUGUCAUUCCCAGAAGCACUAACAGAACCUUAGAGAGGAAGAAAUCGAAAAGUUUCAAAGAGGGUAUGGGGAAUGGAUUAUCUACUUGUGUCGAUCCGUCUUCAUUGAGCUACUCAUCGGCUUUGCUCGUCGAUUCUCCCGGAAGUAUCGCCGCUGUCAGGAGGGAACAAGUGGCUCUACAACAAGCACAAAGAAAGAUGAGAAUCGCACACUAUGGGAGAUCAAAAUCAGCCAAAUUCGAAUCUCAGAUGGUUCCUCUCGAUAACACCAAGUCCGCCGAGGAAAAGAAGUGUAGCUUUAUCACCCCCAACUCAGAUCCUAUCUAUGUGGCAUACCAUGACGAAGAAUGGGGAGUUCCCAUUCAUGAUGACAACAUGCUGUUCGAAUUGUUGGUUCUAAGUGGUGCUCAAGUCGGAUCGGAUUGGACUUCAAUCUUGAAGAAACGUCAAGAUUCCAGGUACGCAUUCUCAGGGUUUGAUGCAGAGACCGUAGCCAAAUUCACUGAAAAACAAAUUACCACAACCAGCACUAAAUACGGCAUCGACAUCAGCAGAGUUCGAGGUGUCGUCGACAACUCCAACCGUAUUCUCGAGGUCAAGAGGGAGUUCGGGUCGUUUGACAAAUAUAUAUGGGGUUUCGUGAAUCACAAGACAUUGUCGACACAAUACAAAUUCGAUCACAAGAUCCCGGUCAAGACAUCGAAGUCGGAGACAAUAAGCAAGGACAUGGUUAGAAGGGGGUUUAGGUAUGUCGGACCAACCGUCGUCCACUCCUUCAUGCAAGCCGCCGGUUUAACCAACGACCACCUCAUCACAUGCCAUAGACACCUCCCUUGCACCCUGUUAGCCAUCCAGAGGCCACCGGCAAACUAUGAAUUAAAAUUUAGAUAUACGUAUCCAAGCAACAAUAAUGCAUUUCAUGGGGACAGGCAUCAAACCAGUACCCCCCCAGAUGCAUAUGCAUAACUAAAAAAGUACCCAAAACUCCAAUUUCUAACUAAUUAAACCCUUUUUUCUCCCUCUUCUUUUGUGUGAUUAUCAUCUAUGACUUGUCACUCAAGAAAUG